AUGGAUGACAUACCGCCGCUAUUCCUUCCGAUUGAUAUUAGUGAAGACGAUGAUUCUUCCUCGAGCGAUAGUAGUUUAAUUUUUUUUUUCCAAAAUCUUAUUAACGAAGCCGCUCAACUGGAAGACACAGGCACUUCUAAAAAAAGGAAAACUGUGCAUCGAGAUCGAGUGAAAUGUCACGACAACCUUAUGAGAGAUUAUUUUGUCGACGAGCCCGUAUUCAACGAAGAUAUUUUUCGUCAAAGGUUUCGUAUGUCCAAAAGGUUGUUUUUAAAAAUUUUGAGUGACGUGCAAGCGAAUAACUCGUGGUUUCAAGACGCCGAGGAUGCUAGUGGUAGGAAGAGUUUUACAUCGAUUCAAAAAGUUACUUCGACGAUUAAGCAACUAGCAACCGGCAACGCUCCAGACGAGUUCGACGAGUAUUUAAAUAUGUCCACAAGGACUUCCCGAGAAAGUCUAUAA